AUGGAGGAUCCUCAUACGCGGUACAGCAAACGCCUGCGUACCGGUACGCGUCGGCGGUACCAGGAUGACGGAAUCUCGGAUGACGAAAUCGAAGGGAGACGAAUGUUUGACCUGGAUGAAAAGUUGCAGUGUAGCAGGUUUGGCUCUGAAUUGGUCAAACACAUGGAGGGAAAAGACUUCACAUUUGAAUAUAUCCAGCGCGAAGGGCUUCGGGAUCCCAUCAUCUUUGAAAAAGAUGAAGGCCUUGGAAUACAAAUGCCAGACUCUGAUUUUAGCGUGAGUGAUGUAAAGGUCUUUGUUGGCAGUCGGCGCAUCGUUGAUGUGAUGGAUGUCAACACCCAGAAGGGCAUCGAGAUGUCAAUGGCGCAGUGGCGGCGCUACUACGAGACGCCGCCAUCUGAAAGAGAAAAACUUUACAAUGUUAUCAGCUUGGAGUUCAGCCACACCAGACUGGAGAAUCUAGUUCAGCGACCGGCUUCAGUGGACCUGAUUGACUGGGUAGACAAUAUGUGGCCCCGGCACCUUAAGGAGCGACAAAGAGACUCAACUAACGCCAUCAUUGACAUGCACUAUCCCAAAGUACAGAAAUACUGUCUAAUGAGUGUUCAGGGCUGCUUCACAGAUUUCCAUAUCGACUUUGGAGGCACUUCAGUGUGGUACCACAUCCUCCGAGGUGGAAAGGUGUUUUGGUUAAUUCCACCUAGUCCUCAGAACCUGGAGAUGUAUGAGAACUGGGUUCUAUCAGGAAAACAGGGAGACAUAUUCUUGGGUGACAAGUGUCAUGACUGCCAGAGAAUUGAGCUCAAGCAGGGCAACACCUUCAUGAUUCCUUCAGGGUGGAUCCAUGCUGUGUACACACCCGAGGACACCCUAGUGUUUGGAGGCAAUUUUCUUCACAGCUUUAAUAUUCCCAUGCAGCUCAACAUCUACAGUAUUGAAGAUCGCACUCGGGUCCCAGCGAAGUUUCGCUACCCAUUUUACUAUGAGAUGUGCUGGUAUGUCCUGGAGCGAUACCUCUACUGCCUGACAAACAUCUCACACCUCACCCCUGAGUUCCAAAAGUACUCCCUUGGCAUAGGGCUGACACAAGCAGAUCUCAGGAUAAAUAACAAUACAGGCAAUGGUACCACUAAUGGUGUUGACUGUGAUGUUGAAAUAAAAUCAAAGGAAUCUGAAGAUGAAGAAAUCCAAAUGGACGGAAACGAUCACAUAAUCAAACCACAGCAUAUAUUGACCCCUUUUGAACUUGAGGGGCUGUGGAACCUUGUAGGGAAGCUGGAGGAAUUGCCUGCAAACAAGAAGUGCAUUCCUUCUGGGAUCGAGAAUGCUGAAGCCUUACUCGAAGAUAUGAGAGCUGUACUUAAAGAGCACGUAACUGAUAGCCCCAAGCUGUCCUACACUGGGGAACCCAUUGUCAAGUGGCCCAAAAGACCAUCAUGGUACCGACCCCCGUCACCUCCACCAGCGCCACCUUGCCGGCCCCGAUUGGCUAAUCCCUUACACAAGCAUUCCAGCCAGAGAUCCAACAAAUGCUCGCGCAUCUCUGCUUUGAGGCGGCGGCGUGUGCGGUGCAAGACUUGUGCCGGGUGCCGCAGGAAAGAAUGUGGCGACUGCCAAUUCUGUCUUGACAUGAGGAAGUUUGGUGGGCCUGGAAGAAUGAAAAAGGGCUGCGUCUUGAGACAGUGUCUCAUGCCUGCUUUGCCAAAUACAGCCCGGUGUGCCAUCUGUGAAGAAGGGGAACCAGAAGACUCACAUCCAAGCACUCACACACUAAUGGAGUGCUCUGUUUGCUCACGGAUAACACAUCGGCGAUGCAUGAAGGAUCCUGGCGAGGGGAAAAUGAAUACCGAUUUACCGAGCUGCUGGGAAUGUCCUAGGUGUUACAACAGCAAAGGAUCAGCAUCAGAAUCUUCUAGUGAGGAGGAAAGUGAAGCAUCAGAGAGCUCAACAUCAUUGCCCCCGACCAAACCUGCAUAUCGAGAAGGUAUCGGCGUAGGACAAAAGCUGUUGCGGGGCCGACGUGGCAGACCAUCAGGACCCACGUCCCGACCCACAGCCCCGCCACCCUCUCAGAAACUGCUACUACAGCAUCGACAAAACCGCAAAAGAGCUAGUCUACUAGAGAUUCGACUCAAGAAAAGGAUAAAACUAGAGCGCAGCAAAAUUCUUGCACAAAAACAAGCAAUGGAGCGUGCCAAGUUGCAGUCUCGCCUGCGCUCUCCAGUGAGCACACUAUCUCAGGGCAGAGGUCGGGGCACCUCGUGGCCAAGUGGCUCCUCUCUCGGAAUCUCUUCCAGACUGACUGGACCCCCUCAGCAACAGUCUUCUACCAGGCUGACCUUUGAACCCAAGGGAGAGGCCCACAGAGGGCGGGGCAGAGGGGUGAGGCUUCGUGGAGGAGGAGCUGGUAGAGGAACGACAGGUGGUAGGUAUCAUCAGGGGUUAGAAGAAGAGAGCGAGGACAGUAGCAGCAGCAGCACCAACAGUAGCUCCUCUGAUGAAGAGGAAGAGGAGAGGGUGCAAAAUGGUGGGCGAGCGGGCGAUAAAGAGAACCUGCCACAGUGUAGGCAAGGAGGUCGAGCAGCCAAAGACAGAGAAGAGGAAGAGCAGCGAGACACCAAACAAAAUGGUGCAGAGUGUGAUGGCAAUGAGAUGGAGCAGGACACUGAUGGAUCAUUGGUUAAAGUGACACUCCAAAGACCAACCAAGGACAAACAGGCGCCUACAGCCAUUGUCCCUAAACUUGAGGCAAUCACUCCUCAAUCAGCCGCCUCGUCAACACACAACCCUAACAAAACCCUCAUAAGGCCGCCUAUCAGAAACACCAACAAACAUUCCAGCAGGCACGUGCCAGCAAUCACUCGCAGUGGACACACUCGCACCUCCCACCACUCAGAGGGGCACGGUGUCACCAAAAGAAAAAAGUCAAGCAGCACAGCCAAGCUGAGCAAUGGUGCUUCCUCGUCUUCAUCCUCUGAGCGUCCACACCAUCGCAUCCCUUUGUCAGCCUUACAGAAAGGAGGGGGCAAAGUUGACAGGGAGGGCAUUGGGAGUGGGCCGGACUGUGAGAGGGAAGUGUGGGUGUCUGUCUUCCGCUACUUGAGUCGAGCAGAUCUCUGUGUGUGUAUGGCAGUCUGCAAAAACUGGUACAAAUGGUGUCUUGAUAAGCGGCUUUGGACGCAAAUUGACCUGAGUAUCAAACGCACUGUUACGCCCCAAGCACUAACAGGAAUUAUAAAGAGGCAACCAUCUUCACUCAAUCUUUCCUGGACCAACAUCUCCAAAAAACAGCUAAGCUGGCUUGUUGGCCGCCUUCCGGGUCUGAAAGAUCUGAUGCUGGCAGGUUGUUCCUGGACGUCGAUUUCUGCGCUCUGUUCCUCUGCUAGUCCUCUCCUCCGCUCUUUGGAUGUGCGGUAUGCAGAUGGGGUCAAAGAUGCACAGAUCAGGGAUUUGGUCACUCCUCCAGGUUGCGACAACCGCAGUCAUUUGAGGGCUAUGCAGUGUUUGCGACUUGCUGGUUUGGACAUCAGCGACUCCACCCUACGUCUGGUGAUCCGCCACAUGCCCCACUUGACGAAACUGGACCUUUCUCACUGCAACAGCCUCACAGACCACUCCAUCAACCUGCUGACCGCGGUGGGUUCGUCCACCCGGAAUACGCUAACAGAACUCAACUUGUGUGGGAGCAGUAAGCUGACAGACACAUGUCUGAAGUAUCUCCGCCGCCUGUCUUGUAUAUCGCUACUCGACCUGCGAGGCUGUAAAGGAGUUUCCCGCAAAGCAUGCGAAUCCUUUAUCUCAGAGUUAUCCGUCAACACGCUUUACUGCCUGUCGGAUGAAAAACUGAUCCAGAGGAUAUCCUAA